AUGUAUAAUCAUAAACAUAAAUUUGAUAAAAAUUCUUUCUUAAUAAGAGAUUUAGCGGCGUCAUUAGAGUUACCUGUCAUUACACCCACAUACCUGGCCGCUCAGCCCUCUGCUUCAGCUUUAGCGGAUGUGUCCGAAAAAUCGCAUUCUUCUAAUCAUAUACUGGGAAUUCUAGUGACAAUUGUUGUGAUUAUUCUCGUAAUAAUAAUUGGAAUCGGGUCUUGUAUUUACUAUCGUCGAAUAAAACAUGGCAAAAAAAGAAAUGAAGAAGCGCAGAAAUACGAACCGAAAAAUGAUGUUCUAGAACAUCAUAUUGGUCCACAA